CUUUGGCAGAGGCACAUGAAGGAUUUCAUUGAGUGUGAAGACAGAGAGCAGAGACAGAAAGCAGAAGGAGGCGGCUGCAGCCUUUGUAGUCGGGGAGGAAUGCGGAAAUGUUGAAGCACUAUGUCAAACUUUUUUGAAACGGGGUCAAGUCACAUUCAGCCAGCGUGGGAAAGCAAGGGAAAAAAAACUUGAGGAGAGGGGGAGAAAAAAAAAAAAAAAGGCAGCAAGCUGCUGCUGCUCCCAGGCUGAGCAGAGGCCGAGGCAGCGAGCGAGGGGAGGCAGCGCAGCGCAGCGCCGGAGCAGCCGCCGCGCCGAGGGCCGGCGCCGAGCCCCGCACGGGCAGGCUGCGGCCGGCGGGGCUGCGGUCGCGGCGCUGCAGCUCCGCGGGGGCCGCCGGCCGCGAUUUUUCUUUCGCGUUUUCGUUUUCCCCGGGCAGGGAGGGGGGGGCCCGGGCGGAGCGGGCUGGGGGACGAGUGCGAGCUGCCUUCUGCGCCAAGGUGCAGCCCGGCGGCGGCGGCGGCAGGAGGAUGCGAGCCGAGGGCGGCCGAGCCGCGGAGCAGCUACCUGUGUGGCCCGGGCGGCCGCUGCCGGGACCUGCCGGAGACAUCGCCAUGUGAAGGGGCAGACCCGGGGCCGGCUCUCCACCCCGCCUCGCUCAAUGGGAGAUCUAACUGGCUUUACACAGACAAUGCUCCCAAAGACUGUAUGAUAAUUCCUGGUGGCUGAAAGAGGAGGCACACUGGGGCCCUUACAGAAGAGGACCGAGAACAGGAGGGCAAGAGCUUCCUACUGCCCCACUGGCAGAGGUACCAAGUGUGUGGCCUGUCUGCCAACGUGAACGACGUACUAGUUGUCAGAAAGCAAGCGAGACUGAGAGCCACCCCGAGGAACUUGGAGCACGGGAGGAAGAGGAGUGGCACCAGCAUGGAUAAGGACAGCACAAGCCUGGCUGACCAGCAGUAUGAAUGUGUGGCUGAGAUUGGGGAAGGAGCCUAUGGGAAGGUGUUCAAAGCCCGAGACUUGAAGAAUGGCGGCCGCUUUGUUGCACUGAAGCGGGUACGGGUGCAGACCAGCGAGGAGGGGAUGCCGCUGUCCACCAUCCGAGAGGUGGCAGUUUUGAGGCACCUGGAGACGUUUGAGCACCCCAACGUGGUCAGAUUGUUUGAUGUGUGCACCGUGUCACGAACAGACAGAGAGACCAAGUUAACCUUAGUGUUUGAACACGUGGAUCAAGACUUGACUACUUACUUGGAUAAAGUUCCGGAGCCUGGAGUGCCUACUGAAACUAUAAAGGAUAUGAUGCUUCAGCUGUUUCGGGGACUGGAUUUUCUGCAUUCGCAUCGUGUGGUGCAUCGGGACCUGAAACCCCAAAAUAUCCUUGUAACCAGCAGCGGGCAGAUAAAGUUAGCUGACUUUGGCCUUGCACGAAUCUACAGUUUUCAGAUGGCUCUUACCUCAGUGGUUGUUACUUUGUGGUAUAGAGCUCCUGAAGUUUUGCUUCAGUCCAGCUAUGCAACACCAGUCGAUCUUUGGAGUGUUGGCUGCAUAUUUGCAGAAAUGUUCCGUCGAAAACCACUCUUCCGUGGAAAUUCAGAUGUUGAUCAGCUAGGAAAAAUCUUUGAUGUAAUUGGACUCCCAGAAGAAGAAGACUGGCCUAAUGACGUUGCCCUUCCAAGAAAUGCUUUCACUUCCAGACCCGCACAACCUAUUGAAAAAUUUGUACCAGAUAUUGAUGAACUGGGCAAAGACUUGCUUCUUAAAUGCUUAGCGUUCAACCCAGCCAAGAGAAUAUCUGCCUAUGUUGCCCUCUCUCACCCGUAUUUCCAUGAUCUGGAGAAAUGCAAGGAGAAUCUGGACUCUCACAUGUCAUCCAGCCAAAACUCCAGUGAGGUGAAUGCAUCAUAAUGCUGACUGAAGAUGAACCAUAAAUGAACAAGAUGCGUAGCUGAGAAGGCCACUGUCCCAUACAAACCACAUAGCUGUUCUAGCGAAGAUCAUUAUUUGGAGGUUUUGUGCACUUAUCUUUUAUUUGGGGACUGUGAUGUGCUUAUCCAAGAAAAUCAAUCUAGUUUACUUUCAUCAGAGCAACGCAAGGGCCAGUGCUUUGACCUGCUCCCAUUGCAGCUUUAUGUUUGUUUUGUUUUUGUUUUGUUUAUCUACCUGGGAAAACUCCAGACAAAGAGAAGCUGCUGACCAGUUUUGCUGCCAUUUUAUCCUUUUAAUAUUGAAUGCUGCCAGUGUGGAGUAGGAUGAUCAAGUCACUGCCAAAACAUGAUGCAAUCUCUCUCUCUAGCUGCUGAAGCAUGAUUUGGUACUUUUUUAAUUAUUAUUAUGUGAUCUCUUACAGUGAUGUUUAAAGAAUGGCAUUGAAAUAUCAGAUCUCUGCAACCUGCAGUUAACUGAUACAUGCAUUAAUACAUCCAGCUACUGUUCAUUCAUAGCGUAUGUGCAGGUGCUUCCCCACUUGAAAACUUGGAUGGAUUAUUUUAUCAUUUCAUUGCUCUAUAAAAAUGACAGUGAUGAUGGUCAUCAUAAUACAUGUCUCAACUUUUAGGUUUUUUUCACACACAAACGAGUUACUAUCUAGCUACGUUUGUGUGCAUGUUGCAAAAAACAAGUGUUUUAAAAAUCUUCUAGAGCCCUGUUCUUAAAGACUCUUUUGGUUUCCAAAUGGUCAGUUUGUGUUGAAAUCCAGGCACAUUCUAGCCUAUCAUCUAACCCAUCAUUCCCCCCUGGAAACAGCUGCACGCACAUUUGCUUUAUCUCAUUCCAGUUUUUCUGCUAUGCAGCUCAAAGACAUGAGCGGAGCCAAUGAAAAUCAAUACGGAUUUUCACCUUCAACCUGUUCUGAUCAUCAGCCAAAAAGGAAAAUAGAAAAAAGUUUCCAAUUCAGAAGCAGAGAAUCCUGUACCUGUAACAAGCACAGAUAUGUAUUUGUGCAGAAUUGUAUGCUGUCUACUGCGCUGCCUUACCUGCAACACCCCCCAUGCAUCAUAAGUGCAUGAAUAUUACUGUCUCAAAAUCCCUCAGAUGUCAUUUAUUAAGCAGAUUUGUUUUCUAUGCAGAAAUGCAUGAGCUUCUCUCCUAAACCACCAUGUGGGUAUACUGGCACAUGCUUCUCCACUAGGGUUAAUGUGCCAUUAUUGAAUGUCAAAAUAACUAAGCAAUUCACAUGCCUUUAUAGUACAGUUAUUUUAAAUAUUACAUUAAAAUUUUAUAUUUAGUAUUUUUACCUUAACUAAAAUAUAUUUUCAGUAUUUUAAAAAGAAGCUUUUAUUUUUUUAAUACUGUACUGGGGAAAAAGAAAUAUUUUAAAUCCAUAAAAGCUGUUCCCUAGCAUGACUUUAGUUCAUUUACCUGGAUAUGACUUGGGGGAAAAUAUUGGUCCAACGAGUUAGCCCUUACCAUAAAACCAUAAAUAGACACUAUUGCAGUAUAACUGAUGAUAAGUGAGGCAGCUAGCUUUGCUUACUCCUGUCAGAGUCCCUUAGGCUUCUCUCGUCCUCAUCUCUAUUUCAUCUUGUCUAGCUAGUGAGCCAGCAUUAUAUUCUCAUUCACAGCAUGCUUAGCAGAAGCAGGUCCUCAGCAGUAAGUUGAGCAAUAUAGUUUUUCCAGCUGUGGCAUGAGAACUUGUAGCCAUCCCCCUGGCAGGUUUCUCAGGCCUGUGAUAGACUGGCCGUUGUGGCAGACUUCACUGUUAACUCUGUCUGGGACAUGGUCCAUUGCUAGCACAGUGAGUAGAACUUAUCUGUCUCUUGGAUAAAACUUUUUGUUACUGUUAGACACGUAAGUAUGAGACAUAUGGUUACAUUAGGUCUGUUUUAAAUAAGCCAGAUUUUAAAAGGGCCACUUGCAUGCCUGCAUGCAGUGGCCUGUGCUUUUCUUCAUGCCCAGGAUGAUGCCUAUGCAAAACUUACUAGCAUGAACAGGCAAGUUGCAAAUUAGGCCUGGCAAAAGCAUGCACAAGGCAUCUGCACACAGAGAUACUGCAGAUGCAAAAGACAAGGAUUUUGGAAGCUCUACGAGCAGCAAGCUGAAGGCCAGGGUGCGGUCAUGGCAGCUAACCCUCUAAUCUUGGCCUUGCCUCUGUCAUUCUCUCUGUUCCUACAUACAAGGGGAAGUACAAACUCACUGCACUGGUGUUGUCCCAGCCCUAUUCCUUCAUGUGUCAAUGGACCUAAGUGUAAGUAGGUUUUAACAAUCAUAGAAAAGGAUGGGCCAGAGUGAAAUUUUUGCUAACCAUUUUGAAACACUAAUUAGAACAACAAACAGAGCCAAAGUUCAGGAGAAUCUUGUGACAGUAACAAACAAGAACAUUUUUGGCACAGUUUAACAUCUUUAAAAACAUUCCACUUUUUACCUAGCACCAAGCUAUCAUACAUACUUUAUCAGGGCAUUCAGCUGGUGCAGCUUUCCAGCAACUGUCAGGGAACUCUCCCAGAGCUCUCCAACAACUAACAUAGGUGAAAAUGUAGGGGAGAAGAGGGUAUUUUCAAAUUAGGCUCAAAACUCUCGGAUAGAGAUGUGCAUCUGUUCCAUCAAGGGAAGAGAACAUUUUAAGCCAAAGGUUAGUGUUGGCCCAAAACUAAUGAGAAUGUAGAAAUCACAAGGAAGUUAACUACUGGAGCAGUAUUUCCCAAUCAGUAGUAUCAAAAGAGCUCAGAGAGCAGCAGAGAAAAGCAGGAGCUGGCUUACGGAAUCACAAGCAGAGAUUCUGCAACAUGGUGCUGUAUAUUGUCUAAUACAAGAUCAGGUUAUAAAUGGGGGUAUUUGGGAGAACAGCUUGAGAAGGGCUGCAUUAAUGGUGGUAUUCUAGAAUAUUCAGUGGGAAUGGCAGGAACAAAAAAAGAAAUCUAAGUCAGGUUUAGGGAAAAGAUUUAUCUAAUGGGAUCCUUGCAGCAGCAAGGGCCUAGAUUUGAAGGACCAACAACUUUUCAAUUGACUUCCUUUUGAAAAUGUCUUUAGGAAGAAAUUCCAUUUGACAUGCCAUAGGCUUGCUCUUUUUCCAGUCUUCCCUGUCAAACCGUGGGGUUUCACUUAGACUAGUAAACUGAGAAAGCCUGUUCUCUGGCUGGGCAAAGUGCUGGCACUGGCUAAAAUCAUGCCAGGAAUCACGCUCAUAAUUAGACAGUAUAUACAACUGUGGGACCGUGCUCAAGCCUGUGCCCUUGCUCUUUUUAUUUUACUGGUAAAGCUCUGGUAUUUGGGUACCUUUACUCAUUACUGCCAUGUGUAGGAUGUUGGAAUUGUGUAAGUGAAAAAGAAAGUGCUCCUGGACAUGCAUGUUCCAGACUGUGGUGCAACCUCUUCAUACAUCCUUUAAAUAAGACUUGAGAGUGCAAUUUGUUGUAGCAAUAACUAUGCCUGUAUGUGUUCUACAGGAGCGGUUCAACAGCAGCUAAAAACCACUGAAUAACAAAAGAUACAUAAAAAUAAGUAUAGAUGUUUAGCUUCUAGAGCACCCACAAUUGGAAGGCACUGUGCUCUUCUCAGCAGAGAACAGGGUGCUCUUAGUAAAGGAAGGAGUGAUUUCUAUUUCCUACCAACCUUGGUUUUUUAUCACUACUACAUAAUUCUGUGGGAAAAACAGACCCAAUAGCCAAGGAAAAAAAUCACCAAAGCCAGCUAGCGAAGUGUUAAUUGCAAUACAUCUGAAGCAGCCCUUUUCUCUGUUCACCCUGUCUCCACGCUCAUUCUAGCUUUUUAGUUCUUUGCCUUCAACUUCCUUAUGGAAACAGAUUUCAGUGACACUUACAGGUGCUAUUUCCAACAAGAUUCUUCCAAAUUUUCAAUAGCUACCCAGUAUCAGUGUAUUACCAAGUGUUGCUUCUUUUAGUCCAGCAGCCCAGAACUGACGAUUUAGAAAGCUUCUCUUUGUGCACCUCUUUGCUUACCCUUAGUUUUGCAUACACCUGUGUUGCCUUCUGUGCGCCAAGUAAAAUUCUGCAAAUAGGGUCUGCAUAUUUCUGUGUUGGCUGUGCCUACACUCCAGGGUUUUUCAGCCUGUUAGUCCACAAUGGUAAAUAAGUGUUAGAGUACUUUUUUCUGUUGUUUCUGUCCUAAAACACACCAAAAAACCAGGGACAAGUAUGUUUGCAAAAUACUGAAAUUUGGUGCUAUGCAUACAGAGCCUUUUACGUGAAAGGAAUCAGUAAGUUGUAGUAUUUGAGCAUCUUCUGCAUGGGGGGUGGUAUCCAGCAUCGUAAGUAACUCUUAUGAUGUGGUUUUUACACUCGAUGGUUGUUUUCGUGAAUAAGAAGAAAAUACUGUGCCAUGCUACUUUUCGCAGGUUCACUCACUGUCUUUGAGAAGCAUGUUUUAUUAUACGUAUGAUUCUCUCUGCUGUUAGGUAUUAGGCCAACUUUAAUAUGGAAAAUAAAGAGAAAUCAUGCUGGUUUGGUCUUUUAACCAACAAACUUGGAGCACUUAUCAGACUCACAACUGAAAACACAUCAGUUGUCAAAUAUGUAUAUGAAUCAUAAACCACACAGGUUGGUUUAAAAGGCCACGUAAAUUAAUUAUGUUCCAUGUAUAAGACACAGUUGAAUAAUGAGGAAGUUUAUUAUAAGAACUCUGUUUUAUAGAACCACUUUGCUAGUACUUUUUCAUAUACAGUAGUUUCAGGAAUAGAUUGAUUUUUAUAUACAAUGUGAAUUAGAAGAUUCUAGGCUAUUAGAGUGAUUUUGUUGUGUUAUGCUUGAAGCUUGAAUUGAACACAAGCUUAGAAACCUAACAUAUUUAUUUUAUUGCUACAAAACUGCUUCUAAAUAUUAAGAUCUUUUUUGAUGUUAACAGAUUUCACACUUCUCUUAAUGUGUAAAUGAUUUUCUUGAGAUUAGUAUAUUAGAAAAAAACAUUUUUUCCAAACUGCAGUUGUAUGAGAAAAAUUAAGAAAUGUAUUUUUACUUUCACAGAGAAUAACAACAUGUUGUAUACUGAAAUCUUCAGUAACUGUCGAUAAGCUAUCUCUUUUACUUCUUUUUGAUUACUAAGUAUUGGAGUAUACAGAUAACUUUCCAUGAAGAAAAAAAAUCAGAAACAAUCUCUAGAAAAGUAAAUGGGAUUUUAUAUGUUUAACCUUCCAAGUUUCAUUUUCAUACCCAGAUUUUUUGUUCAAGUACAGUUCAGGUGUGCAAAACCAUGACUACAAUCUUAACAGUCCAACAGGCUGUACAACUUAAACCGAGGUUUUAUUUGUGAGCUAUUUAUUUUAUCUCUUUGGUUUGCAAAUUGUUAGAUAAUGGCUGUAAUAUAAUUCUAGUUUCUGGACCAGACUCUGUAACCAUCAAGUCCCAGUAAUUUAUGUAAAACAGUAAGAAGCUUUCUCAUGGAUUUAAAUUAACUAGGCCAUUAAAAGAUGAAAGAUGUGGACAUACAAACUGACAAAUAUACUUUCGCCAAGUGUUAUUUCUUCCCUUUAGUUUUAAGUUUAGCAAAUAUUCCAUUCUGAUACGCUAUAUAAACACAAAAUAAGAACCAUAAAACCCAUUUAGGAGUAGUCUGCAGAGAUAAUAUUUUUAAAGAGCUCAUUAGGUUCUCACAGAAACCAGCUGAAAAUCAUUCUUUUGGCUGUAACACUCAAAAUUUUGAAACUGAUGUAUUUUUCCAUUUAAAAUAUUCCUGAAAAAUGAUGUAUAUGUUUUUAAUUCAGACAGUGAUAGGCACCCAAACAGAAUUGAAUCAAACAGGAACUUGUGCUCAAAAAAUGAUUCUGCAAAGCUAAGUAGGUACCAUCAGAUCUUUAUGUGUUCAUCAGAAGCUGAAAUCAGCCAGCAUCAUGCUUAGAUGAGCCUUCUGCUUUCUGGGCAGAAAAGUCCAGGGUUGCUGCAAGUAAAGGUAGUGGAAGAUAUGCUUUGACUUAAAUAAAGCCCUGUGAGAGCUUCUGCAAUAUUCAGAUUUCCAGCCUUCAUUGAAAGACUGUGCAAAGCAGCUCAGAGAAACCAAAACUCCAUAACCAGAUGCCAUUUUUUUUCCUUCACAUUAAAUGUUUAUCUGUGUUUCAAUAUAUUGGUGGGCUUUAUCCAGCCCGUUGUCGAUGAGACUUCUGCAUGGCUAGAGAAAGUAAGAAGAGAUUCUGCUGUGGAUAUUUUGAAAUGGGGUGAUUGGGGUAGAGUAGUUUCUUGUUUCCAAAAAAAGAUCAGACAAAUGAUACUGCAUUCUUUUUAAUAAAGCAAACAAACAACUGACACUUAGCAAAGAUUAAUAAGGAGAUUUUAAGGAACUAUUGAGAAAAUAUUGUUGGGAUAAGUGAAAAGGAGCCUAUUUAUAAUGUGAAAAAAUGUAAAUACAAACAAGUAUUUAAAUAUGCAUUGAAACUGAUACUUUUUCACUGACGUUGCAAAGUUGAUUGGGUUUUAUGGGAAAAAAGCAUCCAAGUAUGAACUUAUUCUAACUAUGAUUUUAACGUUCAUUUGCACUAAAGCAACCUAUGUUAUUUGACUGAAAGGAGAAGGGAAAACAGGUAACGUUUAACUUGUGAUUUAUUUUGCUUUAUGAAAGUUCUCAAGCUCGCUGUCUGUUUUUGAGUGAGCUACAUUUGCAUCCACACUAUUUAGCUUUCUAUACCUUAAACCCAUCCACAUGCCAGACACAUUUUCUAGUGUUUACAUGGAUACUUGCUCCCAUUGACAUGCUCAUGUUAAACCCAGCCAAAGAGCACUGUCUCUGCCACUGAAUGGAAAAUGAAUUGUCACAGACUGCCAGCUUCCUUCGUGCAGUUACUCCUAAAGAGUUUGCAAUUAACAUUCUACAGUAUGCAGCCUUUCCGGGAAUUCCAUAUUUCUUGCGUAUGUCAUGUUAUGCAAACUUCAGCUUUUUUUUUUUUAAGAAGAAAGUUUUAAAGAAAAGGAAAAAAAACAGUUCUCAAAUGUUAGGAUCAAUUUUGAGUAGCUAGAUGAGGGAGGAAAAUCGUGAAGUGCUGCAAAGAUAGGAAAAAUGAGCAGAGAUUAGGAGAGUUCAGGACAAUUUGGCAAGUGAAUUUAAGUAUGUGGAAAAGUUAUGUAUAAGUGUAGGGGGAAGACUUCUUUUUUUCCACGUCUUUUGUUCUCUCCUGUCAUUCACUUUCAUAAGCAUCAGAUGAUAAAGCAAGACUCUUGCACGAGAUUUUAGUUCCAGAUACUUAUGCCAACUCAAGUCAUGAGCUCCAGUGCAGUUUUGCAGCAUAGCAACAGCUCUAUUUUUUAACUCACAAUUUGAGGAAGCUAGAGGUUUUUCUGUGUAGAUAUUGAAAUAAAAUUCUUAUGAGACAGCUUGAGAGCAGGUUAAGCUGGCCACACAGGCACUGCCUGUAGCUCAGCUGCAGAUGUGGAGAAUGCACAGCUCUAACGCAGGAGGGUCACUGUGUCCAUUAGUGUGCAAUAUUGCCAUGCAUUGCGAGCUGACUCCUGUCACAAAAUGAAAACCCUUUGGCAAUCCAGAAUGGCAUGCUUUUGAGCACUUGGAUUUUGAUAAGAUUGUCUGAAUACAGGUUUUGCUGUGCAGCUGGUUCACCAUCUUACAGGAGCAAGUCUGAGAGCCUAGCAAGUCAUUCCAACACCCAGUGUAACUGAUACUGCAGAACCAUCUGCUAUGGGAAAAAAAAAUCUUUUUGUAGGUUGUACAGCAGGAAUGGAACUUUCCGAGCUGCUCUGCCAACCUGACAGAUACCCUUAACCAUCAUUAUGCCACCUCCAAAACCCAUAGAAUAUAACGCCUGUGUGGCAUUUUGUUGUGUUUAGUCCAUGUGUGGGGGUGGCUGGGUAUGUUGGCACAGAGCGGCUAAUUUUGGUCCUUCCACUAAGCGUGAGCAACUAAGCUUGGCACAGAGACAAAUUUCACAGUUCCAGGGAUGGGAAACCUCUAAUUCUACACUGUAGUUCUCUGGCAUUUGUUAAAUACAUACAGUGAUAGAUCACCCAGACACUCGAGCUGUCCUUUCCUUAUCCCAGAUCAUCCUUCUGUGACACUGUGAAAGAAGCCCUGGGUUUGUCUACUCCUCAACAGUCCUUCAACAUCCUGCUUCCUCUCACUACAGUGACAGUUACCUGUCGCUUGUAUCUGACCCUGCUAGUACUUCCACAGCCACUUAAGAAGCUGUGAGCUUUUAAAUUACUACCUUGUAAUUCUGCAGCCCCUUCCAGUCUGCAGGCAGCCAAUGACUUGUACUGUAGCUUUUUCCAGCUUCCCAUUUGGAACUGGGAAAUCCUACAGUACAAUAUGGCAAAAUGUGUGCUACUUUUACGCUCUUUGGUUCAAGCAAAGAGAUGAGCUAGAAUAGGUUGGACUGAACAUAAUGUGCUUGAUCAGCCAAAACAAUUUUUGAUUCAGAAGAUUAUUUCAGAAGAUUAUUUACUAAGUAUAGAAGAUCCGUGGAUAACUGUCUGUGAUGUACAUAUUUACAAGAGCAGCCAAUGAUGCUUCUGUUAUACAGAUGUUUUAAACACAUACAAAUCUCCUACUGCUUACCCUCCUCUUUCCUUCCCCUUCCCCAAAAUCACUGUUCCCAGGGAGAAGUUUCCUUCCACUGUGAGGCAGAGCAACUACAAAACAGUUCUUCCUUUCGUGAAGGUCCCCAACUCUCACGAUAACUUGGGCACAUGUAGGCAAUCAUCACACUCAUUCAUUUGCUGUUUGCUGUGGCAGCUUUGAGUACAGAGCCUGCCACAAGUAGUAGGCACAAAUGGACCUUAACCCCCAAUAUAAUCUCCCAAGGAAAAGUCUUUCCAGGAUCUAGAGGGGGCAGUAUGCUUACUGUUUCUGACAGUCAACUUUUUUGCAUUUUAAACAGCAGUGUUCUAAGAACUCCCUUAAGAAAGCUCUCUCACUACACACGAAGGAUGAUUGUGAAUCUGAACAUGCUAUGGGAAAAGAGAAAAUGUUUUAUUCCAGGUGGAUGAAGAUGUAUCACAAACAAUCAUCCUUCAUCGGUGAUAGAAAUAAAAAGCAAACAACAAACUGUGUUCAGAAACAUAGCCUGGAGGCUGGUUCAAUAAGAAGUGCUUCUCAAUCUUUUUCCAGCAAGACACAAAAUCCAUCAUGAUUUCUUGCAGGGACUUGAUCUUGCAACAAAGAUGGCUGUAACCAUGGGUUGCAACUACAACAAAAAGCACAUCAGAAAUUGGAUGCUGGCAAGAAGCUUGUGGAUGUGAGGCUGUACAAGGUAGCUUAUAGAAGCUCAGUGUGGAUGUGCUCAUCUGGAAGUAUUGAUUGACAUGCACAUUUUGAACUUACUUAUUUUGAAGUUACCUGUCAUAACUUGAUAGAAGGCCUGCAGUGUCCUGAGAUUACAGGCUGAAAGGACUGCAAAGAUUGAUCCAACUUCUUUUUCUUGCUAGAUGUCUGGCAACCCGGUGGUUUUCCAGCUUUGUUCUGCUUCGAUUUGUUUUAUUUCACUUCCACCACCACCAUUCUCCUUCCUGUUGCGCAUACUAAGUUGAAUAGAAAAGCAUUACUCUAGUUUACCAGCUCAAAAAUCAGAGCAGGCCAGCACUGUCUAAAAGUUUUGAUUGCUCUCUGGUGGUCAGUAUUCAGUGAAUCAGUUUCUCUGUUUAGAUUCCAACAAACAGAAUUCGGUAUCCAUGACACCUUCCUUCAGUACUGUCAAAUAACCUUGCUGUCAUUCUCCACAGUGUUCAAAAUCUUUUUCUGGAGACUGAGCUCCCUUCCUACAACCCACCUAGAGUCACGGCAAUGUAGGCAGAAGAAGUUUCAAAUACGGCAGUGCUUUUCGGUAAAGAAUGAGUCUCAAGGACUCUUAGCCAGGCACCUUUCAGAGACAAAGCAGUCACUUCUGUUAAGGUGAGAAACACAUUUUAGAGUACUUAAGAUAGAGAAAAUGUAAAGAUGCCAUUUAUUUUUCUGAUAGAAUCUGUUUUCUACACAAAGCUGUAUGAUUUUGGCACUGAAACCAAGCCCAGAGACACCCGUUUAUUCUUUCCUUUUAGUCUUUGAUUUCUUUGUAAAUUCCUUUCAAGCAUUCAGAUUAAUGUAUUUAUGGUCCGUUUCAUUCCAAUUCAUUUAAGUGGUCUGUAUCUGCCACUGAAUCUCGUAUUAGUUUUAUUUUUAAUGUAAUAUUUAGCUGCAUUACUUUGAACAGCUUUAAAAGUAUAAUGUCUUUGAAUGCUCUAGUUAAAGAAAAAUUAUACCCUCAAAACAAUGUCUUAGAAGUUGAACUGUAUACUUUGGAAAUAGUGUUUAUAUUAUAACUCCCGAAAGCAUCACAGGGUGCUUUCGUCUGUAUGUCUGUCUUCUACUUUCUGUGUAACAGUGUGUAUUUGUAUUUCCUCACUAGCCUGAUCCUCUCCAGUCUGAAGGCCUGAGAAUGCAAACACAUGAAUACUGCGCCUUGCCUGAGCAGUCCCCCAGAGCUAAGCGGGGUUGCUCACAUGAGUAUAGUUGCUCACAGAAAGUAUUUGCAGAAAAAGGCUUUCCUUUAGUAAUUGACUGUAGUUGUGAGGACACAUGGUUAAUAACAGCACCAAGACACCAGUAGAUGGGGUCAGUGUUUAUCGAAGAUGUGGACACAUUUAUCUGCAAGUUAUCUGACAUUAACCUAAAUUAUUGCUAGUAUAAUUCAGUAUAUUAUUUCUGAUGAAAACACACUAGUCCUGUGAAAGGGUAGUUGCCAAAAAAUGUGUUGAGUCUUGCUGCUUUAUUGUUUAUUUGCGUUUAGUAUUCAUUUUGGUUGUUGAAGUGAAGCUAGUUUCAUAGAGAGGCAGAAAGCUAGAUCAGUCAAAAAAAAAACUAUAAACAAGCUUCAUACUGUACAUUGAGUUUUGCAGCUAGAGUAGUAUGUGUGUUCAGAUGUAGAAUGUUUUAUGCUUUAGGGUAUUUUUGUUUGUUUAAGUAUGUAAAGGAAUAAGCAGAUUACUUUGAAAUGCUGUUGUAGAGCUAAUUUUACACAUAGCGGGGGAAUGUUGUCUGAAAAAAUAAAAUUAGAAAACAUUACAUAGGCUGCCUUUGGCUUCAUUUUGUUUGUAGCAGGUCCAGCAGGUAUCUGGCGAUUCCAGAUGCUUAAGCCAGGGGCCAAGUUUGUGUGGCAUCUUGUAACUGAAAAAAGUUUAUUGCAGUGAUAAAGUUGCCCGUCUGGGCUUUAAGUAAGAUUGUUGGCUAAACAAAAGCAUAAAGGCAGCAAAUUUAGAUAUUUUGGGUUUUUGUGCAUGCACAAUUGCAUGAAAUAGGAUUGCGGUUUCAAAGUAUUUUAAAUUAUCUAGCAUAAUUUACUUCUGUUGUAACUCCACUGACUACAGUUACAUUAAGCCAAGAAUUUGACCUUGUAAGUCUACAAAUUUCAGUGUCAGGCAGCUCAGGUCUAUAUAAAGAUACUUAAGCUUAGUAAAUCAGCAAGAAUACUAUAUAAAUGGUAAUGUGUGAUAAAAAUCUUAACUCUAGUAACAUUAUUUCUCUCAACAUUUCUAUUCAUUUCUUUUUUAUACAAGAGUUCAGAAGUGCACUUCUUAGUGGCAUCAGGAUAUGUGGAGAAAAGCGUGAUGCUGGUACAGAAAUGUAUCAGAAAUAAGAUUCAGUUCUUACUGCUCCAGACACUCCGUGUGUGCCUACCCUACAUGUUACAAAUUCCACUGAAGUUAACAGAAGACAUGUAGGAAGUUAAGCCUGUUAGUAACUCUCAUGGGAUGCUGGUUUCAGAAUCCACACGAGAAGUUAUGUUCUCAAAAGGCAUUAUAAAAACAUGGGUUUUCAGGUUUACAGAAUACUAUGGACAGUGAGGACAGCUUCUGAGACACAUCCAGAGUAACUUCAUUCAUUCAUAUUACAUCAGACCAACAUCCAUUAGCAAACAAAGUCCAUCUCUGUACCUUUGUUUCUCAGUAUGAUUUUACAUAAAAAAGAAUACGAAAAACAUUUCAAAAGUUAAAACAGCUUCUAAUGCUGUUUGUCUUUUUUUUUUUUUUUUCCUCUUUUUCUUCUCCUUUUUUGUGAUAAAAGAGGAUUUGCUCUGGAGGUGUCUAAGAUUUGGUAAUUCAAGGAAAACAUGCAAAGCAGUUUUGAAUAUAUUUUUCUUUGCAUUCACCUUAGGGCAUGUACUCAGCUGGUGAAAAUCAGCACAGUCCUGUUGACUUCUACAGCGUUCUAUCAGCUUACACCAGCCAAAGAGCUGGCAUGUCGAGUUUUAGCAUUUCAAGUCACUUUACCUACACAUGCAGUAGGAUUUUAUUUUGUAAGGUGGAAAGUUACCUACGGUGCAAACUGUACUACCUAGCCUACCAUUGAUACCUACUCACAGGACAUGAUUUCACUGUAUCACUUCAUACUUGAACUUCAUGGUGUUCUUUUAAUCAGGGUACAAACAUGAAAAGGUGCGUGUGUUACUGUUUCUUUUAAAGGUGCAUCUUUUUUUAUUAUUAUUAUUCUGUGUGCUUAAUAGUUACUCUUCAGUGUUCUUUCUUUACAUUCUUUGCAUUCAGCGUUCAAAUGACUGAUGUGUGAAACACAGUAUCACCUACAGAGGUACAGAAAAAUGUAACAGUGACUUCUUGAAUUGUUACUCAAAUAUACUGGUUUACCUUUUGGUCAUCAAUAUGCCAUCAAGGGGAUACAACAUGCAAACUCUGGUAUACAAAAGCCUUGCACCAGUACUGUACAUGAAAUCCUGCAGCCUCUCUCUCGUCUUCAUGCACAGCUGCUGAAUACCGUAUCCGCCUUGGGGAAAAGUAUGUUUCUGCUGUAGAGUGGCUGGGAAAUCAUGUAGCCACGUUGGAAGCUCUAGAGCUCCCUUCGCAAGCUUUCAAACGCAGCAGCCCUUUGAGCUAACCGCAUGCCUGCUCUGCAUCCCACAUUGCACCCCUUGGGGCUUUCCACUUUAAGAACACCCUCAGCUGGGGCUGCUUUACGUUGACUGCAUUGAAGUUCACCGGAGCAUGCACCUUACCAUAUAACAUACUCUUUCGCUUUUACACGUUUGUAAAGAUGGUCGACUGCAAAAAUAAUCAUGUGUCAAUACAGCAAAAUUAAAUUAAGGCACACAGAAGGUUAUCAAUAUUGUAUUAUAUCAGAAUUACAGUCCUUUGGAACUGAACGUUUUGCUGCUGGCAGUGCAAGAAAAGCAAAGUUGUGUAUUUAUUGUUGGGUGCUGAGGGUUCAGUAUGAAAAUCAAUAUAAUAAAAUUUUUCAUGGUGUCAAGUUCUUUUUAGUUGUUCCCGAACUAUUGGAAAGUAAAAAGGCAAAAAAAUUAGUUUUGUAUUUAAGACUGCUUUCCUGAGGUUUACUUCACCUUUCUAGCUAUAUUUGUCUUUUAUCUAAAAAUGUAAAAUGAAUACAAAUGCAGUAAGUAUUGUAUAUUAAAUACAGAAAAUUAGCAACAUUGCUCUCUAGUUUUUCUGUUUGCAAGUGUUUUUCCCAGCACCCUGGGUAUUCUAGAGAAUCGACAAACGUACACACAGCCAGAGACAGGACCAUAAGCACAUGCACGCCCUUCCCAUAUACCUUUAGUUUUAGGGAAAUCUAACCACGUUUGUCCUGGUUUCUCAUUUCUGAACUACUUUAUUGCUUGUGUAGGAUGAAAUGCAUUAAAAAAACCACAAAAUUGA